UCAUUUAUUUUUAGACAUUCGCAGAUUAUUAUUGACACAUUGUCAUCUACUUGGUUCAUAAUUUUCCUCAUUUUUUUUUCAAAAAUAUAAUGGCUCGAUUAUUUUUAAAGGCAACACCCCAAAUUGAAGCAGACAGAAAUUUGUUACGUUUUAGUUCCUACGAAGAGUACCUAGAUUCGUUGAGUACCACCCAAGAUGCCUGUUAUCUACAGAGUGUUGAAGCUUCAAGAGUUAUAGCAAACUUAGGUUAUAGAAGUUCUGGAGAAACACUUAGCCGCGAACAGUUUGAAAGAAGACUUGCUGCUGUUUUGAGCUACUUGUAUCCACCGUACAAAGCUUAUGAACUUUCCAGUGAGGGUUUUAUAAAGUCUGACUCUGACCCUAUUUUGAGAGAUUUAUCAUCUAGAGAACGAGCCAAUAGGAUAGGAGUUCUGUCCACGAUCAUAUUUUUAAGAGUUUUUUCAAAAGCCGGCAUUGAAGUCUCGGGAUUCAUCGACUAUACAGAGAGACUGACGAAAGAAGACUUCAAACCAAUAUUUAAAGGUGAAAAGAAGUUGAUGCCAAAGAGAUUUGACUUGGGUUUCUUCCACUGGAAAUCUGGCGAUGUAGUUUCCAACGACUCGCUCAACUACAAAGUGAUGCAACAUCCCCAGAAAGGGCUGAUAUUCCAGAACAGGUUCGAUAGGAAAAUUAUCAACCCUGAUCCAGCUUGUGAACCAGGUGCAAAUACUUCAAGAAAAAGAGUAUACACUUCGCUGUACCAGCUGUGCAUACUAUUUGAUCAUGUGGUUCGGCAAAGGAUAUAAAUUUACAGCUUUUAAUGCAAAUUACAUCAUAAAUAAAACUAUUUUUUUACACUAAA